AUGUCCAAACCAAGAGUCGUCUGCCUGGGUACCCCCAAAUAUAUCCCCACCAACUAUCUCACCCAGUUCAGCGCCGAGUUCAACUUCUCCGUCCUCGCCGCUACAAACCGCAUCGAAACAAAGGCCCUAUUACCAAAGGACAUCGCGGCCAAUGGCCCCAUCCGUGCUCUUAUUAUUCGCAUGGGAACUCCGCCCUACGAACCAUUCGACGCUGACCUGCUGGCCGCACUGACGCCUCACUGCCGUAUCAUCGUUUCCGCGAGUGCGGGGUACAAUGAGUUCGACGUCGAGUGGAUGGCAAGCCAGAGCAUCUGGUUCUGCAAUACGGUGGAUGCCGUCGCAGAGGCUACGGCUGAUAUGGCUAUUUUCCUGUUGCUUGCUGUGUUAAGGAACACCAGCGUUGCUGAGCGACGAGUCCGUGCUGGACUGUGGAGGAGCGCCGAGCUGGUUCCGGCAAGAGAUCCUUCUGGCUUAACAUUGGGCAUCGUUGGUCUUGGGGCUAUUGGGAAGUAUCUCGCCAAGAAAGCAACGGUCUUCAACCUGAAAACCUGCUAUUAUAACCGUCGCCGGCUUUCGCCAGAGAUAGAAAGCCAGUACGGUCUUACAUAUUGCAACUCGCUCCAUGAGCUCCUCGCAGUAUCUGAUAUUGUCUCCAUUAACUGCCCGCUAAACGACAAGACAACGGGCUUGAUUGGCCCUGCUGAAUUCGCCGUUAUGAAAGACGGUGUCUUCGUCAUCAAUACGGCCCGAGGAGCUGUAAUUGAUGAGGUCGCGCUUAUUUCAGCUCUUGAGUCUGGGAAGGUUGCUCGUGCGGGACUAGAUGUGUUCCCGGAUGAGCCUAAGGUGAAUCCUUACUUCCUUGAGAGCGACAAGGUCGUGGUGCAGCCGCAUCUGGGCGGCUUGACGGAUGUGGCCUUUCAGAGGGCGGAGGUAGAGAGUUUGGAGAAUAUUAGGGCGUUAUUUCGAGAUGGAAGACCAUUGUCUCCGGUUGUUGAUUUAGGUGGGAGAUGA